AUGGCCACCGUCCAACAUGGACGAAGAAAGGGCACGCCUAAAGCCGAGGCGCCUGGUCCUGAAAAGUCAAAAGAGAAGCUCCUCAUUUUGUCUUCGAAAGAGUGGCAAGCCAUCCAAGAUCGUAAAAACAAAGCUCUCCCUGCUACCAUUCAGUUGUCUUUAGAUAUGCAGAAAGAUCGUCAAGAAAAACAUCAACAAUCAGUUGAGCAAGUCAGUUCAUGGGGUAAUACCAUUGUUGGUAAGCGCAACAAACGUCUGAAUGCUAGACGUAUACGCGAGGAAGAAGAAGAGAUAGAAAGACAGAAACUGGACAUAGAAGAAGCAGAAAUCAAAGCUGCCGAGCGUCGUGCUGCUAUUGAACACGCCAAGAAACUCCAAUACUAUCAAACUGAUCGUGUGAAGGGCUUUCACGGAGCGUUGUUGUUAUCGGAGGUUAUCAAGGAACGUGAAGCUCAGAUCGAGUUGAAGAAAGAAAUCGACAAUGCAAUGAAAAAUGCUGAUGACCAUCUUCUUCAAUGGGAAAGGAAUCAGCUCAAAGAAGCCGCUCGUGUAGAGAAAGAAAAAGCUGAAGUUCGUCAACGGGAAGCUGCGUUAUUAAGAAAGACACAGUUCGAGCAAGCUGGAGAGAAAAGAAAACUUUCGAUCGCCGUGAAGGUUCAAGAUAUUGAGGAGGGGAAGUCCAUACAGAAAGAUGUUGAUUUGUUCCAUCAAGAAAACACGAAGAAAGCGAAAGAAAGGGAACAGAAGGCUAUAAUGCUAAAGAAAAAUUACGACCAACAUCUUGAACUGGAAUCCAAGAUUGUUGACCAACAGAAGAUUGCUGACAAACAGAAUGAUCAAGAAAUCAGACUCUAUGCGAAUGCAAAGAGGAAAAUGGCUGGUCUUAGGAAAAAACGAGAAGGUGAACUUUUCCAAUCUUUCCAAAAUCAUCAGCAAGCAAUGGUGGACCAUCUGGCUACAUUAAUAAAGGAACAAGUGGACGAUGAAGAUAGUCGCAUAGCAAAGGCAGUUGCAGAGCGGGAUUCCAAACGUCAAGCUGAAGAGGAAGAUGGCAAAAAGAAGCGAAUAUCAAUGCAAAAGGAUAUACUCAAACAUCGCCUGGAGACCAUGACUCUCAACGAUCAGAAGUCAAACGAAACUAAGAAGGACCAAUCUCUUGAUCUGCAAAGGAGAAUCACUGAGGACCAGACUUACUUCCAAGAACAAGAACAGAGACUGGCUAGUAAGAAAGUUGAAGAGGACGAAGUCCAGAGCAUUCUUGUAAAACAAGGAGUAGAGCGGUCCAGCAAGUUCCAGGUUGAGAAACAUAACGAACUGGAAGCUGACAAACGUUCUGCUCAGAUGGUUAAGGAAGAGGAGGACGAGUUUCAGAGGUACGCUGAUGCUGUUAUCGAUUUGGCCAAGCAACGUGGGCGACCCGUCGGACCACUUAUCAAAGCCAAAAAUGCCGGUGCUGGAGGUGGCAGUGGUCCUAUAUUUGAAGGAAAGAGCAACCUACGACCCAGUUAUCAAGCGAAUGAUGCGCAUGGUAACCAGCUGCCUCGAUUUGCAACUGGUACUGCUAAGAAAAUCAAUGAGUCUUCAGACACCAGUAAAAGACUAGGUUUCGUCUGGUAAAUUUUGAGCAGCUUGACAUUUUCAGAUAGUUUGUGAUGGCAUUGAGCAUGAGCAGGGGUAAGAAAUUGGAACACUGCUAAGAAAGAACAGACAGAUAUAUCCCUUCCUUUUAAAUGUGAAUAGCUUUAAACUGUAGAGCUUUGAAUGUAAAUAGUGUAAUUGAAUGUGCUGUUUUUCGUUUACAAACACUCAUAUUGGGCAUAUUUUGAGUGUUUUUCCCUUAAAUUAUUUCUGAAACGAUCCUAAAAAUUGAAUCCAAAUGAUAUCGAGUAUUUGAUUUGUCAAAAUAUCUUUUCCAUUUCAGCGCAUUGAUUUUAUAGUAUCAAGAUUUGAUAAAGUCUUUUGUUAAUUGCAGAUACAUACUUAUUACUUAGUUAACAUUCGACUAAGAUGUGUGAACUUGUCUGUAUUUUAUACCAAAUUGAAAUUCAUUUAUUUA